GGAGGGAACUGUCUCAGCCAAUGGCAGUAGCGACAGGACAAGGAUGCUGCCAGCCGGAGCCGGCUCCACGACUUUGUCCCCAGGAGACCAGGAACAUGGCACCCAAGAAGGCCAAGAGACGGGCAGCAGAGGGCGGAGGCUCCAAUGUCUUCUCCAUGUUCGACCAGACUCAGAUUCAGGAGUUCAAGGAGGCAUUCACUGUAAUCGAUCAGAACCGAGAUGGCAUCAUCGACAAGGAGGAUCUGCGGGACACCUUUGCUGCUAUGGGCCGCCUCAACGUGAAGAAUGAGGAGCUGGACGCUAUGAUGAAGGAAGCAAGUGGGCCCAUCAACUUCACCGUCUUCUUGACCAUGUUUGGGGAGAAGCUCAAGGGUGCGGACCCUGAGGACGUCAUCACCGGAGCCUUCAAGAUCCUGGACCCCGAGGGGAAGGGUACCAUCAAGAAACAAUUCCUGGAGGAGCUGCUGACCACCCAGUGCGACCGCUUCUCCCCAGAGGAGAUCAAGAACAUGUGGGCAGCCUUCCCUCCCGACGUGGGCGGCAACGUAGACUACAAGAACAUCUGCUACGUCAUCACGCACGGCGACGCCAAGGACCAGGAGUAGAGGGACCCUCGUAAGCAAGCCCCCGCGGCCAAUACCUGCCGGCCGGCCCAACACCGCCACCCCGACCACCAAUA